GAUCUGCAAGUACAAAACGUUAUGCUGUUUUUUACAGUUUGUCAACAUUAAAGUGGUAUAAAGUGCGAGACUGGCAUAUGGGAGCCUUCUAAACCAAGAGGGUAUGUGCCGCAUGAGAGCCGAAAAUGCAAGAAAACAAAGUCAGAGCGGCUGCUCCUCUGAGGAAAAUGCCACCGGCCGGCCAGGGUGUCUCUCUGGAUUCACAGGAGCAGCUCAACACUUACAUUUCCCACGUGAAGACGUUGGCGGAUCCAGGGGCGAAGGAUGAGAAUAAACUGCAAGCGGCUCAGGAGCUGUCAGAAAACUUCGAGCUCAUAUUGUCUUCCCCACAAUACCCUGCUUUUCUGGAUCAUGCUGUCAACAUAUUUUUAAAGAUCUUGCAAGAGGGUGAUCCACAUUUUAUAGCCGAGUAUAAUAUACACCAAGUGAGGAAACUUCUUCUUGAAAUGAUAUAUAGGAUACCAACAAACAAGUACUUAAAACCUUAUGUGGAAUCUAUUUUAAAAUUGACUUUUAAACUUCUUGAGACUGAAAAUGAACAGAACGUCUUGGUGUGUCUUAGAAUUAUUAUCGAACUUCACAAACAUUUUCGACCGACAUACAAUGCCGAAAUUCAACAUUUUCUGCAAUUUGUCCGUUCUAUUUAUCAAGACCUUCCAGAUCAUAUGAAUAAUAUUUUUGAACCUAAGAGUCCUAUUAGAGUUAAGGAUCUUACAGAACUUAAUUUGGAAACGCUUCUUAAUGAAAUUUAUACUACGACAUUGAUCCAGUGUGAAAAGAAGAAAAUCCCAGAUGGAUCUUUAAGCAAGGAACCUUUUCAGUACAAUUUGAUUCCAAGGGGGAUUCUUUCUUUAAAAGUAUUACAAGAAUUACCAAUAAUAGUUGUUUUAAUGUAUGAGCUGUAUAAGGUAAAUGUCCACCAAGAUGUCAACGAUUACAUACCUAUUAUUAUUAAAACAAUUACGUUACAACCAUUAAAACAGCACAGAUUAAAUCCAGCAUUCAACAAAGAAGUUUUUGUCGAUUUCAUGGGGGCACAAAUAAAAACGUUAUCAUUCUUAGCUUACAUUAUACGGUUUUACCAAGAUGUUGUUGGCAAACAUUCUCAACAAAUGGUGGAGGGUAUGCUUGGAAUGUUAACAUUGUGUCCGAUGGAAGUCACACACUUGAGAAAAGAGCUAUUAAUUGCUGCAAGGCAUAUUUUAGCCACAGAUUUAAGACUCUUGUUUGUACCUUAUAUGGAACGGCUGUUUGAUGAAGAAGUUCUUCUUGGGCGAGGCUGGACAACACAUGAAUCUCUAAGACCUUUAGCAUAUAGCACCCUUGCUGAUCUUGUCCAUCAUGUUAGAGAACAGCUUCCAAUGUCAGAUCUUGUAAAAGCUGUACAUCUGUUCUCCAAAAAUGUGCAUGAUGAGACCCUUCCCACGAGUAUACAAACUAUUUCUUGCAAACUACUAUUAAAUCUAGUAGACUGUAUUAAACAGUUGAGUGAGAAGGAUCCUACUCAGGCCCAGACUGGACAAGAUCUCUUGAUGCGUAUGCUUGAGGUCUUUGUUAUAAAAUUCAAAACGAUAGCGAAACUUCAUCUUCCAUUUUUAGUCGCUAAAAGUAAACAAGCGGAAAUCAAGCCAGCCACAACUGCAAGCACGAGCUUUGUUGUCCAGGUGAAAAAGGAAGAUUCAGAUUCGAUACAGUCAAUCCCUUUACCACCUAUCGAUAUAGCGUCACAAAAUAAACCGGAAGACAAAGAAACGAAUAAAGGCAAAUUUGGAUUGCCAUCCCUUCAAGCCACAAAUUAUACAGUCGCUGAUUGCAGAAGUUUGGUGAAGACUUUGGUUUUUGGUGUCAAGACGAUAACAUGGCGUUUUAAAACCUUGAAUUUGCAGCUGUUUAAACCAAAAGAAACUGAAGUUUUUAUAAGACUUGUCAAAUGGGCUUUACAAGCCCUGGACAUAUAUACGUUGAGCGUGACCCCUUCUGGCACACUCGGAGUAGGUUCAGCUGGACAAAGGACCAUCCCACAACAGACCGUAAGAACCAAAGAAGAAAAAGAAGUUUUGGAACAUUUCUCCGGGGUGUUUUCAGUCAUGAAUGCACAAACAUUCAGAGAAAUAUUCUCAACCACUAUUGAAUACAUGGUUGAGAGAAUAGCCACAAACUUUGCCCUGCAGAUCGUUGGAAACUCGUUUCUCUCGAACAGUGACACUUCGCCUAUUUUUGCAACAGUACUCGUUGAAUAUCUUCUAGGUAGGAUGGAGGAGAUGGGAAAUGGAAAUAUGGAAAGGAGCAACCUUUAUCUCAAGUUGUUCAAAUUGGUUUUUGGAAGUGUCUCUCUCUUUGCAGCCGAGAAUGAGCACAUGCUUAAACCUCAUCUUCACCAAAUCGUUAACAGAUCCAUGGAACUUGCAAUGACAGCUAAGGAGCCGUAUAAUUAUUUUCUAUUACUGAGGACACUCUUUAGAUCAAUUGGUGGUGGUAACCAUGAUUUAUUGUACCAAGAAUUUCUUCCACUUCUUCCAAACUUAUUACAAGGCCUGAACAGUUUACAAUCUGGUUUACACAAGCAACACAUGAAAGAUUUAUUUGUAGAACUAUGUUUGACAGUUCCUGUUAGACUUAGCUCUCUUUUGCCUUAUUUGCCUAUGCUCAUGGACCCGAUGGUUUCUGCUCUCAAUGGAUCACCAACUCUUAUAUCACAAGGAUUGAGAACAUUAGAACUUUGUGUAGACAAUCUGCAGCCAGACUUCUUUUAUGAGCAUAUUCAGCCUGUGAGAGCGGAUUUAAUGCAAGCAUUGUGGAGGUCUCUGAGAAACCCGACUGACCAAGUUGCCCAUGUCGCAUUCAGAGUUUUAGGGAAAUUCGGUGGAGGAAACAGGAAAAUGAUGAUUGAACCUCAGAAAUUAGAAUAUGCGGUGCAAGAUUCGCCUGGACCAGCGAUUAUGGUUUCAUUUCCGGAGCAUGCUGCUCCUAUUGAAUUACCCGUUGCAAAAAUAAUAGAAGCAGCCACGAAUAUUCUCAAACCUUGUACUACGGACAUAUUCUACCGAACCAACGCCUGGGAAAUCGUGAGGGACUAUUUGAUGGCUUCGAUAUGUUUGAACGAUGAUAGAGCAACCUUAUUGACCCUUUUGAACCAUUCCUCUUUUAAAUCAUCUCCUGUUGAUUUUAAACAGAACCAGCCUUACAAAUGUCCGAACAAACAAUCACGCCAAACACACAUUGAAGCUCUUAAGGGAAUGUUUUUAGCUGCCAUAAUUAAAGACCUAAGUGCAAAAGUACAGCAGACUUUUGAAAUUGUUGUAAGGCAUUUUACAAUAGUUGCUGUUUCCCAGCAGUCUGGACCCUUCCCAGUGUACCACAAGCAGUACACAGGUGUUAUGGACCCUCUUGUACUCAUUGAUGCUCUUGCAGCAAUAAUGGGCCAUGAAGAGAAAGAACUGUGCAACCCAGGGAAAAAAGCAUUGAAUCUUAUUUUAGAAACUACCCAAACAAUUGUUGGAUCAAAAGAUUUGGCAUGUCGGUUACCCUUGAUGGAAUACAUUGCUGAAAGAAUGUGCUCUCUUUGCUAUGAUAGAGCCUGGUAUACCAAGUUGGGAGGCUGCAUGGCGAUUAUGUUCCUCUACGAGUCCAUGUCAAUAAGAUGGGUUUUUCAGCAUCUGUUUGUUUUUGUGAAAGCUCAGCUGUUCGUAAUGAUGGACCUGACAGGAGAGGUGUCCAGUGGAGCACUAGACCAGGCAAAGUUGAAUUUAGAAGCACUUAUUAAACUUUGUGCUCCACUUGUGGACCCAAACUCGGACAAAGAGUUGGCAGCGAUUCAGCAGAAAGCGUUGACUGCUGUAACAUUUGAGCUGAUAAAGCAGGUCACCAGUCCAACUACCCUAAUCAGAGAGCAAUCAAUGCACUUGCUUCGUGUAUUUGCUGAGGCUCAGAAUAAGACAGUAGUUCAAGUCAUGGAACCCCACAAAGUAGUUUUGGCUGAUAUGAUACCACCACCUAAAAAUCAUCUCUUGCGCCAUCAAGCUGCAAAUGCUCAAAUUGGAAUCAUGGAGGGAAAUACUUUUUGUACAACACUCACCCCUAGAUUAUUCACUAUUGAUUUAAAUAUAAAGGAGCAUAACGUAUUCUUCCAUGAAAUAAUGGCACUUUGUGAAGCGCAGGAUGCUGCCCUUUCAAAAAUGCCAUGCUACAAGAAUCUCAGUAGUCUCGUUCCUCUUAGAAAAGCUGCAAUGAGAGCGCUAGCCGCUUGCCAUUACUUGCCAGGCUUCUCAGAUAAAAUUUUCAACACGUUCUACCAAUCACUUGAGAAAAACAACCCAGAACUUCAGGAAGCUGCGUUUGAAUGCAUGAAAACCUUUCUUGCCGGGACUCAAGUUGACAUGAACAUCGUACACGAUGAUAUCAUGAAACCCUUGCUUCUUACAUUAGGCGACAAUAGAAAUGUCAGUUUAAGCGUUGCCAGAAGACUCUCUUACUUAGUUCAAUUAUUUCCCACUAGUUUUAAUGAAAAAUUAUGUGAACAGUUACUUCAAAAUCUUCAAAAAUUGUUAGAAACUAUAAAACAAUCACAGUCAGGAAUAACAAAAAGUGGUGAGACGGAAAACAUCGUUGCCACAAUAAUAAAUAUCUUCCAUCAAAUUCCUGCAGCAGGCUCCCGAUUCAUUGAGCCUUUGAGCUUACUUGUAUUACAAACAGAGCGAUCUUUGUUAGUUGGUGCCAGUUCACCUUUUAGACAUCCACUGCUGAAAUUUUUACUGAGGUAUCCACAGCAAACGAUCAAUCUACUCCUCACAGAUUCUAACAUCAAAGAUGAUAUGUGGAACAAAUACCUAGAGUACAUUAUCAAACACGAAGACGGAAAACCGUUUAGGGAUGUUCUACAGAGCAAUUCUGGUAUAGAAAGGCUUGUAAUGAUGGCACUAGGUGCAUCUCAGCCCAGCGCAACUUUAACAACAGAAGAGCAACUAGAACUUCAAUUCCAGAGUAUUCGAAUAGUGUCUCUUCUUGUUAAAUUUGAUAAUCAGUGGAUUGCAACGCAAUAUCAAUUGGCUCAAACUUACAUUCAGAUAUGGUGCAACGAUAAAUAUUUGCAAAGGCAUAAAGUAAUAGAAUCCAUCGAGUACACCCACUGGAAGGAGCCUAAAUUAAUAGUUAAGAUACUUCUGAACUAUUUCAGCCACCACCCAUCCAACAUUGACCUUUUAUUUCAACUUCUACGCUCAUUUUGUGAUCGUUUUCUUCCUGAUUUCCAGUUUGUAAAAGACUUCUUGGAAACCACUGUUGCUCAGAGUUACACAAUUGAAUGGAAGCGCAUGGCAUUCUUUAGGUUUGUGGAACUGUUCCCAACUACAAGCCUAUCACAGGAUUUAAAAGCGAAAAUACUGCAGCUCAUUAUAAUUCCAUGUUUUGCCCACUGUUUUGAAAAAGGGGAAGGUGACAAACUGAUAGGUGGCCCACCAUCUCCAAAGCUUGAUUCACCCGAUAAUAUUGUAUCAGUGUUUAUUAAUCAGGUGAUAGAUCCAAAUAAUCCAUUUGGUCAUGGUGAUGCAGUGAGGAUCCGCUUGCUCCAGCUGUCCUGUCUGCUUGUUGAGCAAGCCCUGGAGCAUAUUCAUGACACAGCGACAAAAACACAAGGGGACAAAUUGAGGCGACUUAUGACAUUUGCAUGGCCUUGUCUGUUAAGCAAUAACUGUGUAGAUCCAGCAACUCGAUACAAUGGUCAUUUGUUAUUUUCGCAUAUUAUUGCUAAACUUGCCAUCCACACGACAGCUUACAAAAGGAUUGUUCUUAAAGUAUUCUACAGCCUUCUAAAGGCCCAUGCUGUUGAAGUCAGGCCAGUUGUGCGCCAAGCUUUAGAAAUAUUGACCCCUGCAAUGCCGGAUCGAAUGGAAAAUGGGUAUAAAAUGUUUACUCAUUGGACUAAGAAAAUUAUUGUAGAAGAAGGUCAUUCGAUGCAACAGUUAUUCCAUAUUUUGCAGCUUGUUGUCAGGCAUUACAAUGUAUAUUACCCUGUGCGAUACAAUCUACUUCAACACAUGGUCAAUGCUUUGCAAAGAUUGGGAUUCAGUGCAUCUUCAACUCUAGAGCAUAAAAAGCUAGGCUGUGAACUCGCAGAAGUGAUAAUAAGAUGGGAAUUGCAGAGGAUAAAAGAGGAGGCGGUUAUAGCUCAAGGGCAAAAUAUAGAGCCUGGGAUGAAAAGAGGGGCGUUGGAAGAUGGUGACCAGUCUUGGAAGAAAGGUUCAUCUGUUGCAAUAUCCAUUAAACAUGACCCAGAUGAGAUGAAGCCUCUUGAGAAGUCUCAUGCCGAUGUUUUAAUUAAUUUUCUUAUGAGGCUUGCAUGUUCAGUGAAUGAAUUGAAUCCUGUAGCUGGUAUUGCUUCUCCAGGAGAAGUGCUUUCUCGUCGUUGUUACAACUUAAUUCGAAUGGCUUUGAAACCCGAUGUCUGGCCGAAUUACACGAUUGACUUCAGGCUCCUUUGGCUUGAUAAAAUAUUUUGCUCGAUUGAAACGCCGAACCCCAACUUGGGCAAUAUUUGCAUAGGCCUUGAGCUGUUAACUUUAGCAUUGAGUGUGAUGAAGAAAGAACAGAUUUUGGCGGUAUGCAAAACCCUUCAGAAGGGGAUAAACACGUGCAUUUCGAGCACAAAUAAUAAAAUUAUUCGCCUCAGCCAUUCACUUCUUACAAGGUUGAUGAAAAUUUUCCCAACUGAAUCUUCCACAUCUUCAGUUUCAUCAAAAUAUGAAGAACUUGAAUGCAUUUAUUCUUCUGUGGGACAUGUUGUUUUCGAAGGCUUGACAAAUUAUGAGCAGAACACAAAUGCCAAUUCAAGUAGUCUCUUUGGGACAAUAAUGAUGCUUAAAGCAGCUUGCAGCAGUAAUCCAAGCUACGUUGACAGACUGAUAAAUCAUUUUGUUAGGGUGAUUCAUAGAAUGAGUCGAGAACACCUUGCAGCAAAUACUGAAGCAUCACCAGGAACAAGUGACUUACUGAUAUUGAGCUUGGAUCUUGUAAAAAAUAGAGUCAUAGCAAUGACAAGUGAGACAAAGAAAACGUUUAUCGGUUCUAUUCUUGUUGGUUUGAUUGAGAAAACCCCCGAUGUGAAAGUUAUGAAGGCUAUUUGUAAUAUGGUAGAAGAGUGGAUGAAAAAUACAAAGCCAGUUGUACCUUCAACAAUCCAAGUAAACACAGGGCCCAGCUUGAGAGAAAAAUCAAUUCUUCUAGUCAAAUUGAUGCAUUAUGUUGAAAAGAGAUUCCCAGAUUUAAACACACAGUUUUUAGAGCUUGUUAAUUUUGUCUACAGAGAUGAGACAUUUAAAAAUACAGAACUUAUACCUAAACUUGAGCCAGCAUUUCUGGCUGGACUGCGAUGCUCCCAACCUCAGAUAAGGGCAAUGUUUUUUGAGAUAUUUGAUGGCUCGAUGAGACGUAAGCUUCACGAAAGAUUAAUGUACAUAGUUAGUUCACAAAAUUGGGAACUUAUGGGACAGCAUUAUUGGAUUAAACAAUGCAUUGAGCUUAUCCUUGUCACUGCUGAUGAGAACACUUUGAUUCAACUUUCUAACGACACACCACUACUUCCUUCAAUAACAUCUCUUGUUCAGUCAGCGGAUCCAGUUGAUAGAGAAAAUUUCCUCGUCCUCUCUUCUUCGAUAAAAAAAGAAGAGCUGGUUGACAUUUCAGAUGUUAAGUUGAGUGUCAGUUCAGUAGAAGGGCUCGUAGCGAAACAAGCAGACCUUAGGGAUCAAUAUAAACCAAAAAAGACUUUGGACUUUUUAGCUGCAGUCACUCAACUGUGUCACCUGGAUUCAUCUCUGGCUGAAAAACUUUGGCUCGAUUUGUACCCAAGGCUGUGGAAUAUUUUAUCAGAAAGACAGCGCACGUCCCUUUCUGGAGAGUUGUUGCCAUUUAUUGUCAGUGGUUGCCACACUGGACAAAAGGACAUUCAUCCAAGUGCUUUGAGCACAAUAUUUGAAGGACUUUCUCAAUGCAAUCCACCCCUUCCAAUCAAGCCUGUUGCUAUGGCUUAUCUUGGAAAAUCGCACAAUUUAUGGCACCGUGUAACAUUGACCCUUGAGAAAAUGAUCGCUGAAAAUGCAGCUGCUGCUCAGAACAAAACAAAAAGGGAAACGGACUGUUAUGAAUUUGAUACCGAAGCUUUACCACAGCAGAAUGCUGUCGAAUAUCUUGCCGAGAUGUAUUCACAAUUGAGAGAAGAAGAUAUGUGGUGUGCUCUUUGGCAAAAGCAUGCCAGGUACAAGGAAACUUGUGUUGCCUUGGCUUACGAACAGCAGGGUUUUUUCGACCAAGCCCUUUCCUGCUACGAGCUAGCUAUUUCUAAAGGUAGACAGGACUACACAAGCAGUCCAGCACCUAUUAGCCUUUUAGCUGAGCAAAAACUUUGGGAAAAACAAUGGAUUAGAUGCUCAAAAGAGUUGAAUCAAUGGGACCAUCUUUUGGAAUAUGCGAGGACUAAGGGAAGUGUUAAUACAUUUUUAAUUCUUGAGAGUGCCUGGCGAGUACCUGACUGGUCCCUGAUGAAAGAUGCAAUUGCGUACGUCGAAACAGGCUGUCCGAGAGAACUGUGCUGGAAGGUUCAUUUAUAUCGUGGAUUUUUAACAAUUUGUCACCCAGAAGAACAACAUCUGCCUAUUGUUGAAAGAUACGUUGAAUUGGCUAGUUCUUUGUGCAUGAGAGAAUGGAGGAGGCUCCCACACAUCGUCUCUCAUAUACAUUUACCCCUCCUUCAAGCUGCUCAACAAAUUAUGGAAUUGCAAGAAGCUUGUCAGAUCCACCAAGGAAUGCUUCAACAUGAAAGAACCAAUUCGCUUCACGACAUGAAAACUAUUGUCAAAACCUGGAGAAACAGGAUACCAAUCAUUGCUGAUGACCUGAGCCAUUGGAGUGAUGUUUUCACCUGGCGCCAGCACCAUUAUCAGUUUAUUGCAUCAAAUUAUGAUGCCCAGCAUGAUCAAGGUGUAAACAGGAGCAUAUUUGGCGUACAUGAUUCUUGCCAGGCGAUUAUUCAUUUUGGGAAAAUUGCAAGAAAGCAAAAUUUAACCGGUGUAUGUCAGGACUCUCUGUCACGUAUAUACACAAUCCCAACUGUACCUGUAGUCGAUUGUUUUCAAAACAUAAGACAACAGGUGAAAUGUUAUCUUCAAAUGGCUUCACAGUCUGGACAGUCUGGGCAGAAAGAGCUUCAAGAAGGCCUCAAGGUUGUUGAAUUGACCGAAUUACGAUACUUCACCAAGGAGAUGACUUCUGAAUGUUACGCUUUGAAAGGAAUGCUUUUGUCACAAAUUGGAAGGGUCGAUGAAGCUAGCAAAGCUUUCUCAGCAGCGGUACAACUCCAUGAUACACUAGUCAAAGCUUGGGCUCUCUGGGGUGAUUUUAUUGAGUCUCAGUUCACAAAAUCAUCAAACCCUGACAUCACUAUGGGUAUAUCGGCAAUCACAUGCUUUCUGCACGCUUGCAGACAUCAGAACGAAUCCAAAUCGAGGAAGUAUCUUGCAAAGGUCCUUUGGCUUUUGACAUAUGAUGAUGAAAAAUUUUCCUUAACCGAAGCUGUAGACAAGUAUGUAGUUGGGGUACCACCGAUUCAGUGGUUACCUUGGAUCCCUCAACUUCUUACUUGUCUAAUGCGAAAUGAAGGAAUUUACAUGUUAAAUCUUCUAAGCCAAGUCGGCAGGAUGUUCCCUCAAGCUGUUUAUUUUCCUAUAAGAACACUGUAUUAUACGCUGAAAAUAGAACAACUUGAAAGAUACAAAAGUGCCAAAUUAGCGGGUAAACAGCUACCAAGAGCGAGUGACCAGCAACAAGGCACUGAUGCUUCUGGACCUUUCAAAGCUACUCCCUCAAUGUGGAGAUGUGGAAGAAUAAUGCAUACUCAAAUGGAUGCUCAUCCAACUGUGAUUUCAUUCUUAGAAGGGAUUGUUGAUCAGAUGGUUUGGUUCAGAGAAAACUGGGAUGAAGAAGUUUUAAGACAACUUAGGCAAGGCUUAGCAAAGUGCUAUGUCAUUGCAUUUGAAAACAGGGGUGCCGUGAGUGAAGCAACAAUCACUCCUCACACGUUGCAUUUUGUAAAAAAGCUUGUUGCUACAUUUGGUGGAAUCGAAAACACAAAUUCAGAAAAUACAAAUUCAGAAAACACCUCAGUUAGUAGCGCUGCAUCGGAAAGUCUAGCCAAGAGAGCACAAAUCACUAGUCAAGAUCCAGUUUUCCAGAAGAUGAAGAGCCAGUUCAGUGAUGACUUUGACUUCAGUGUGCCGAAUGCAAUGAAAUUACAAAAUUUGAUUCACAAAUUGAAAAAAUGGGUCAAAAUACUGGAGGGAAAGACCAAACUUUUGCCAAAGUCAUUUUUAAUUGAAGAAAAUUGUAGACUAUUAAGCAACUUCAGCUUACAGACUGCAGAAAUUGAACUUCCUGGUGAAUUCCUUCUGCCGAAGCAUUCCCAUUACUAUGUAAGGAUAUCAAGAUUCAUGCCAAGGGUAGAAAUAGUACAGAAACACAACACUGCUGCUAGGAGAUUGUUCAUAAGAGGCCACAAUGGCAAAAUUUAUCCUUACCUUGUUGUAAACGACUCUGGUUUAGGUGAUGCCAGAAGAGAAGAAAGGGUCUUACAGCUUCUUCGAAUGCUUAACCAUUAUCUAGGAAAGCAAAAGGAGACAUCAAGACGAUUCCUGCACAUAACGGUCCCACGUGUAGUUGCUGUUUAUCCUCUGAUCAGACUGGUUGAAGACAACCCUUCAUCAAUUUCACUACUAGAUGUUUAUAAAGGCGCAUGUGCCAGUCACGGAAUCGAGCAUGAUGCACCUGUAACAAAAUAUUAUGAACGACUUGCUUCGGUUCAGGCAAGAGGAAUGCAAGCAAGUCAUCAGAUAUUAAAGGAAAUAUUAAAAGACGUGCAGACAACGAUGAUACCCAAGACAUUGUUAAAAGAUUGGGCUCUUAAAACAUACCUAUCUCCGACUGAUUUUUGGACAUUUAGGAAAAUGAUGACACUACAGCUCGCACUGGCAUGCUUUUGCGAGUAUGUUUUGCACCUCACUAGGCUCAACCCUGAUAUGCUCUACGUUCACCAAGACUCUGGACUUUUGAAUGUCGCUUAUUUUAAAUUUGACAUUGAAGACACAAAAGGUGAAUUGGAUGCAAACAGGCCUGUUCCAUUCAGGUUGACCCCGAACAUUCAGGAACUCCUUACAGAAACUGGAGUUAACGGACCUUUAACAGCUAGCAUAAUAGCUACAGCUCGAUGUCUAGCUCAUCCAAACUUCAAAGUUGCAUCCAUAUUAAGGGCCAUUCUUAGAGACGAAAUGAUUUAUUUCCACCGAAAGAAGCAGGAAAAAGAUCAUGAAAAUCUGACAUCGCCACCAGCAGACGUGGCUGGAGAGUUGAUAAUUAACAUGGUCUCACAUGCUGUAAAUUCAAUCACUCAGCAUUUAAACAGCCUGGCUCAGUUUGACGGCACUGAGAGCAAGGUUGGCACUCUUGUGAAUGCGGCUAAAAGUCCCGAUAAUUUAUGCAGAAUGGAUCCAGCAUGGCAUCCUUGGUUGUAAAUUUUCUUGUAAAUAUCUGUCUCCCCCACUAUUUUUGUGAUUUUAAUGUACAGAACUUUUUUUUACAAAAAAGAAAUUUUUAUGUGUAAUACUGCAAUGAACUUGAAAACCAGUUUUUUUUUAUUUGAUUUACGUUUAUAAAUGGUUACAUUUGUAAACUGGUUUUCCUCUCAUAGUGAUAUAAUCAAUACUUACAUAACCCAUCCAUUAACCGGAUAGAAAAAUAUGUAUGAGACAAAUAAAAUUAAAUUAUUUCCAGUGAUCAGGAUAAAUAAAAACAAUUGUAUUUUUUUAUAAAGAAAUAAUGUAAAUUUAUUUUAUAUGUUGUACAUAUUAUUGUGUACGUACAUUAAAUUAUAACUCUAUUAGUGUC